AUGAUCCAAUGUUACAAUGAUUAUGUUAACAUCUGCCGUUUUAAGCUGUUCACGACGUACUUCCCCCGUGCCGACAUCUACGAACUCCUCACCCCUGAUCUCCUCCACCAACUCAUCAAGGGGACCUUCAAAGACCACCUCGUCGACUGGGUGGAGCAGUAUCUUUACCUCGUGCAUCCCAAAGUCAAAGCUCGUCGAAGAAUGGAUGAUAUAGACCGCAGGAUUGCCGCUGCGCCUCAAUUCCCAGGACUUCGCCACUUUCCCGAAGGACAUAACUUCAAGCAGUGGACUGGAAACGACUCGAAGGCCUUAAUGAAGGUCUACCUUCCCGCCAUACAAGGUCAUGUGCCGGACAAUAUGGUUCGCUGCUUUGCGGCAUACCUAGACUUCUGUUAUCUGGCUCGACGGUCCGCUCAUGAUGAAGGUUCUCUCGCGGCGAUGCAAGAAGCCUUAGAUCGCUUCCACCGAUAUCGUGUCAUAUUCGAGACUGUUGGCGUACACCCUGAGGGUUUCUCGCUGCCACGACAACAUGCCCUCGUCCACUACAUUACUGGCAUUCGACUUUUUGGUUCGCCCAAUGGUAUAUGCUCGUCGAUCACCGAAUCUAAACACAUCCGUGUGGUCAAGCAGCCAUGGCGACGAUCGAGUAGGAAUAACGCUCUGCUCGAAAUGCUUUGCACCAACCAACGCCUCGACAAGCUCAGUGCCGCGCGGUCAGUCUUUGCCAACCGGCACAUGCUUGACGGCGACGUCCUCACGGACGCGAUGAACGUGGCUUUUGUAACCGAAGAUCAGUUCGCUCUUGACAACAUCGAUGAGCCGGAGGAAUAA